AUGGCUGCUGAAGAACCUAAGAUCCAAGAAAUCACUGACGACGUUGAAGAGCACGUCCACGAUCAUGCUCACGAUCACGACCAUGAUCACGACCACGACCACGAUCACGACCACGAAGUUGCUGACGGUGCUGGUGUCACUGUUGUGUCCCGUGGUGAGAAGAAGGCUAGAAAGCUGAUUCUCAAGCUCGGUUUGCAAAAGAUCGAGGGUGUUAACCGUGUUGUCUUGAAGAGAACUCGUAAUGCCGUUUUCAUCAUUGAGAACCCCGAGGUUUACAAGAACCCCUCUUCUGGUACCUACAUUGUUUUCGGUGAGGCUAAGGUUGAUAACCAAGCCACCAACAUUGCUUCUCAAAUCGCUCAAUUGGCUGCUCAAGGUGGUGCUGCCGGUGCUCCUGCCGGUGCCGAGGCUGCUUCUGGUCCUGCUUCUAAGGACCCAGCCUCGAUCCAAGCCGAUUUGGCCGCUGCCGUUAAAGACGUUUCUUUGAACGAGAAGGCCGCCGCCGAGCCCGAGGUCGCUGACGAGGAUGUCGAUGCUUCUGGACUCAACGAGGACGAUAUCCGCAUUGUCCAAGAACAAGCCAACACCUCCAGAGCCAAGGCUGUUGCCGGUCUCCGUGCUAACAAGGGCGACAUCGUCAACACCAUCAUGGAGCUCACUACCUAA